UUUUGGGGUGCGGGAAAGCGGCGGGUGCGAGGAUCGACCGGAGAGCCUUUCUUUCAUACUUUCCUCCAAGUGACGGUCAUCAUCGACGGAAAAAUGAGCUUGAUGCACUCCGCAUGUGUUGGGCUACAACCCCAUCAUCCUGUUGCCAUGCAGUCAUUCCCAGAAGUCUUUCCAAGCCUUGCUGCCUGAGAUCCUUUUCAUUGGAGAGGCCCCAGGGUUGACACAGGGACCUACUGCAAGCAAAGGGGGUGCUCUACGGGCCGGAAAGCUUCAAGGCUAUGUUCCGACCCUUUGUGCCUCAUAUCCCUUUCGACUUCUAUGUGUGUGAGAUGGCUUUCCCCCGUGUGAAACCAGCCCCAGAUGAGACUGCCUUCAGCGAAGCCUUGCUGAAGAGAAAUCAGGACCUUGCUCCCACAUCUGCGGAACAGGCCUCUAUUCUCUCUUUGGUGACCAAGAUCAACAACGUGAUUGAUAACUUGAUCGUGGCACCAGGAACAUUCGAAGUGCAAAUUGAAGAGGUUCGCCAGGUGGGAUCCUACAAGAAAGGCACCAUGAUGACCGGCCACAAUGUAGCUGACCUAGUCGUGAUCCUGAAAAUCUUGCCCACGUUGGAAGCCGUGGCUGCCUUGGGAAACAAAGUUGUGGAGAGCUUGAGGACUCAGGAUCCUGCUGAAGUACUGACUAUGCUUACCAAUGAGACCGGUUUUGAGAUCAGCUCUGCCGAUGCAACCGUGAAGAUUCUUAUCACUACCGUGCCUCCCAAUCUCCGCAAGCUGGAUCCAGAGCUGCACCUGGACAUUAAGGUACUGCAGAGUGCUCUGGCUGCUAUCCGACAUGCCCGCUGGUUCGAGGAAAAUGCCUCUCAAUCCACGGUGAAAGUCUUGAUCCGCCUGCUAAAGGACCUUAGGAUGAGGUUCCCUGGCUUUGAACCCCUCACUCCCUGGAUACUUGAUCUGCUUGGACACUAUGCAGUGAUGAAUAACCCGACUAGACAACCCUUGGCUCUCAAUGUUGCAUACAGGCGCUGUCUUCAGAUCUUGGCAGCAGGACUGUUCCUUCCUGGGUCAGUUGGCAUCACUGAUCCCUGUGAGAGUGGGAACUUCAGAGUCCACACGGUCAUGACUCUGGAGCAGCAGGAUAUGGUUUGCUACACAGCUCAGACCCUCGUGCGCAUUCUCUCUCACGGUGGCUACCGGAAGAUCCUUGGGCAGGAAGGAGACGCAAACUACUUGGCUACUGAAAUGUCUACCUGGGAAGGGGUGAUUGUGACUCCGUCAGAGAAGGCAUAUGAGAAGCCACCAGAGAAGAAGGAAGGGGAAGAGGAGGAAGAAAACCAGGAAGAUACACCUGCUGGGGAGGAAGAAGAAAUCAUGGAAACCCAGGAAUAAACCCCCAGUGGAAUUCUCUAUACUCCUCGUACUUGAUGCACCAGCUGAAGAAAAUUGUAGUAAAGGACCAAGCCUGUGUCCUACCUGUGUGUUAUUUCUAAUUGUAUUGUUUUUAUAGUUCUUGCCAUUAAAAUGGUCUUUUCCUUUAAAGUUCA